UUAGUUAACCAAUAACGAUAUUGACACAUAAUAAAAUAAUAGGCACCACUAGAACCUUUUAGCAUUAGUUAGGGUUCUGUGUUCAUGUCAUGCUCUGUUCUGGCGGUACUCAUUGCUACUGAUACUAAUUGAAUGCCCCGAUUUUGGUAAUAAUUAUAUACAUAUAUAUUGCUUACUUAAGGAUCUAUCUUCAUGUCGUUUAUCAGUUUAAAUAAUUUAAACGACAUGCAUUGUUUAUAGCUGACUAAACUAUAACUUGUAACUAGUUACCAUCUCUAUUUCAUUACAUGGCUCAAGAGGACACACACGUCUUCAAUGAACAAAAAGAAUUACAAAAUGGAAGCAAUAUGCUGCACCGUUUACUCAAAUGGACAUCGAGUUUCCCCAUAUGAAGUAUGAGCAUUUUUUCAUUACCAACAUAAACCAAUGCAAUAGACUUGAUUAAUUUAAUAUUAUAAUGAAGAGAUUUAUAAAAUUUUAAUAAUAAUAAAACCAUCAUUAUAAGAAAAUAAUCACUUUUAGAAAUAAUUUGCCCUUGUAGCAUAGAGAUUUGUAAUUGGUAUUAAUCAUAUUGAAGAUUUUGCGUUUUAUGCUUAAACGACAAACAGAGUUUCUUAUUAGCACUUAAACGACAAAGAAAAUGUUCAUUGGACCAUUUCAGUAUAACGACAACACCUAAAGAAGAAACAAGCAUGUCGUUUCGUUGAGCAAUCAUCAAAAGGUUUGUUAGAAAGUAUAAAUAAAUACAUAAAAUAGACGUUAUAAUUUCCCGCUAUAUCUUUUUUUAGAGAGAGAGAGAAAAAUGGCAAGUGAAAGCGAAGUGGGAGAUAAUACAGGGCGGGACGAUCCGAAGCUGAGAAUGGCGUUAGCCAUUUCUCUUCUCCGAUCCAAGUUCUUUCCCCAAAAUCAGCCGCCUAAUCCUUCCGCUUCCGACUCCGACGUUCUCCGAUGGAAGCGAAAGGCGAAGGAGCGAAAGCAAGAGCUUUUGAGACUCAGAGAAGAUCUCAGACUAGCAGAAGAUGUAUCGCAAUGCGAUUUGUUUCCGCAAAGUGCCGCUUGCAAGUGCUAUUUCUUUGAUCAAUUGGGGAAAAUGAGUCCUAAAUCAGUCACAGAUGGCUCCGAUCGUCGAUUCAAUGAUGUGUUGCGUCGGAGGUUUCUUCGGCAAGUAAGAUUCAAGGAACGAAGAAGACGAAGAACAAGUGGUGGUUCUCCUCGGAAGCUGCUUUUCUCAGAACUUAACAAUGAAAAUGAACUGGAGCACCUUAAAGCUGCAAUUGAUUUUCUUGUGGAACUCUGCGAAACUGUUUCUCCGAAGGAGGAUGUAAAUUUUGCAAAUUGGUCGCACCAAGCCGUGGACUUCAUUUUAGGUACAUUGAAAAUUUCGUUAACAACGGCUAAGAACAUUGAAUGUCUAGAAGGAUAUAUCAGUAGCUUAGUCACGCGAUUGGUUAAAAGGAUGUGUGCCCCAGAAAAUGAGUCAAGCCAUAGCAGCAUGGGUUCUCAGUUCUGUGUUCAACACUUGAUCCGUAAGCUUGGUAGCGAGUCCUUCAUUGGACAACGUGCGAUACUUUCAGUUUCUCAGACAAUCUCUGUACUUGCAGAGAGUUUACUUUUCACAGAUCCAUUUGAUGCCGCUUUUCACCGUAGGCACGAAUGCAUGUUCAUAAUGAUCCAGCUUAUUGAGUUUUUGAUAUCAGAUUACCUUUCAAUGUGGUCGAAAAAUGAAGACUUUGAUAAAAUGCUGUUUGAGGAGUGGGUGGUGUCCAUUUUACAUGCACGGAAAGCGUUAGAACUAUUGGAAAACAGGAAUGGGCUAUACGUGUUGUAUAUUGACCGAGUCGCAGGUGAAUUGUCUAAACAGGUUAGCCAGGUUUCAUUACUCCAGAAACUUAAGCCAGAGAUUCUUGAUAAGUUGCUAUGCUGAGAUCUGUAAUAAAUGAUUUUUCUGCCUUUUUGGAAAUAAUAAAAUUUUAAAAAUAAAUAUAAGAAACUUGAAUCUUUUUAAUUGUCUUAAAA